UUAAGCCAUUUAAACAAUAACAACAAAUAAAGAAAUAAAUAAAAACACAAGGAAAUCGGUCACUCCGUCCCUUUGAGAAAGUAGAAGAAAUCCAGCGCCUCAUCCACCCAAAGCCAAAUCCCCCCAAAACCCGCUCUAACCCCAACGCCUCCGCCCUCCCUUCCUUUCUCUCUUUUAUUAUCAGUUUUUUUCGUUGUCAUUCAAGUUUCUAGGGCCUUAUUCAAAAAUCGACAGCCGCAGAAGACAUGGCUUCUCACGCCGCCAAUCUGUGGGUGCUGCUGGGGUUGGGCUUAGCUGGAAUCCUUCUAAUGACCAAGAGGCUUAAGAAAACUAUUAAAGCUGAUUUUGGAGCUUUUAUUCAAAAGCUAGAGCUGCUUCCACCGCCUCAGCCUGCUCCUCCCAAAGCUCCCCACCCUCUCGCCGGUCUCACUUUCGCUGUCUCUGACAUAUUUGACAUUGAAGGAUAUGUGACUGGGUUUGGCCAUCCAGACUGGGAGAAGACACAUGAAGCAUCGUCUCACACAUCUUCUGUGGUUUUGUCCCUUGUAGAAGGAGGUGCCACUUGUGUUGGGAAAACUAUUGUGGAUGAACUGGCAUACAGCAUCCAUGGAGAGAAUAAACACUAUAGCACACCAACCAAUCCUUCUGCACCAGCAUGCAUUCCAGGUGGAUCUUCUAGUGGAGCAGCUGUUGCUGUUGCUGCUAAUUUUGUGGACUUCUCUUUAGGUAUUGAUACUCUUGGUGGUGUGAGGGUACCUGCAGCUUUUUGUGGUGUUAUUGGAUUCCGACCCUCAUAUGGUGUUGUUUCUCACACUGGAAUUAUACCUGUUUCAUCAAGUCUCGACACUGUAGGAUUAUUUGCUAAGGAUCCCAACAUUCUACGUCGAGUUGGCCCUGUGCUCUUGCAACUUCCAUUUUUGGUUCAACGCAAUCCUAGGAAAAUUCUAUUAGCUGAUGAUUGUUUUCAACUGCUAAAGAUUCCCAUGGACAGAGUUUCACAAGUGGUGAUUAAUUCCACUGAGAAGCAUUUUGGAAGACAACUAUUGAAGCAUGAAAAUCUUGAGAACUACUUCAGUUCUAAGGUCCCAAGCUUGAAGGAGUUUUAUAGCGAGAAAAUAAAUUGCGGUUCAAAGAUUUCAUCCAUAAGUUUGCUUGCAAAUGUUGCACAGUUUCUUCAAAGAUAUGAGUUUAAAUGUGUGCAUGAAGAAUGGAUUAAAUCAGAAAAGCCUGGUCUUGAUUCUGCUGUCUCUGCACAAAUAAAUGAAACACUGGAUAUGACAGAUAGGGAGAUUGAAAUCUGCAAAUCGAUUAGAAAUGAGAUGGGUUUGGCAGUCGAUUCUCUUUUGAAGGAUGAUGGAAUUCUGGUGAUUCCUACCACUGCUUAUCUCCCUCCUAAACUUGGUAGCAAGGAAGUCUUCUCGGAGGACUACCAGAACUGUAUGUUUAGUCUUUUGAGUAUUGCUAGCAUGUCUGGUUGCUGUCAGGUCACACUACCACUUGGAUAUCAUGAUAAGUGCCCUGUUUCAGUGUCCUUCAUAGCCAGACGUGGGGGUGAUCGCUUUUUACUGGAUACAGUGCAGACUAUGUAUUCGUCUCUGCAAGAGUAUGCUGAUACUAUCUCUAAGUCUAAAUUAUUGCGUAAGGCUGUCAACCAGGAACACUCCGCUGAUGUUGCCAAAGAAAAGGGCAACCAAGCGUACAAAGACAAACAAUGGCAGAAGGCUAUUGGGUUUUAUACUGAAGCUAUCAAGCUUAGCGGCAAUAAUGCAACAUAUUAUGGUAACAGGGCUGCAGCAUACCUGGAACUAGGAAGUUUCCUCCAAGCAGAGGCAGAUUGUACCAAAGCUAUUAACCUUGAUAAAAAGAAUGUAAAGGCAUAUUUAAGGAGAGGCACUGCACGAGAAAUGCUCGGUUACUAUAAAGAAGCGAUUGAAGAUUUUAGGUAUGCCCUGGUGCUUGAGCCAACCAAUAAAAGAGCAGCCCUGUCUGCUGAGAGAUUAAGGAAGUUGUUUCAGUAGGCGUUUGGAAGAUAAAUCAAAUUCCAAGUGAACUCACUGUUGCAGAAUUAGUUCAUAUAUUUGAAGUCUUCAUUGAUUUUGUGGCAUCGAUCAAGGACCCUAAUUGGAUGGAGAUUUUUCAUGCAAACUCAGAUGGUCGCUGGACGAGUUUUGAGAUAUGCUUGAUUACGCCAAAGUCUCCUCGUUAUUAAGGUCUGGAGAGAUGUUAUUUGAUCUCUGUCACUUCGUCUGCAGCAUUACUUAAUUUAUUAGUCAGAAUUUUUGUAGGUAUAGCCCAAUUUUGUUUCUUAUAAUUAUUUUUGCAUUCUUAAUUCUCGUGUAAUACUAGGGCUGGGAUUGGGGGUGAGGUUGACACAAUCAUCCCGGUUAAGAAUGGCUUCUAUACAUUUCUAGCCUUUAAUUUUUUGUUUCAUAUAAAGCUGUUGGGCCUGUUUUUGGAUUUUGAGAAACUUGUUUGUCAAGUGCCUUUUUGGGCCAGAUUUGCUGCAAAAUGUGAAAGUAGAAUGAAUUCAAAAAAUAAUUACCGAUAUAUACAACAAUCGCAAAGUUUACUCGUCAACACUUGCUAAAUCGUAAAAGUAUGGAUAUAUAAAGCGACUUUUUGGGUCAGGGCUUACGUUCUUCCUCUCGGUAUUAGAUCCCAGGGUAUUGUUACACGCAUUGGCAUGAAGGUGGGACGGGGACGGUCAUUUGCUAUGGAUGGCAGCCUGUGUAGGAGAAGUUGUGUUGAAAUUGAUUCGUUGAGAAGGGAUGUUAUGCAUGAUGGUGACAAUGGGAAAAGAGAGGUAUGGGGAGCCUUGCUAUGGAAGUAUCCCCACGUAAGUGUGGUUUAUUGGGCCACAGUGAGGUAGAUUUUAACAAGAAAUGAUAGCACUAGUCCAGAAAUGAAAUAUGGUGAUUAGUUAUGUCGUGCUUGAAAAAAGGAGGCUUCAAUGCUGUGGGUCGGAUAACAUAGCUUUCCCUUUUUUUUUUCUUUUGAGAAUAUGAGGUUAUUAUGAUUUAAAUUCUGAUUACCGGAGUUCAAAGUUUAGUGCUCUAAUAUAAAUCGACUGAUAACUGGGUAGCAUGGCUUCAAUCGGUGUUCUCAAAAGACAAAAGAACCAAAAUAGGGCUGUUGUGGAAGCUGGGAUAAAAAGUUGCCGGAGUUUGGAAAGUAGAGACGUGAAACAAGGUGAUUACGAUCGAGGAGAGUCAACCGAUGUUGAUCUCGUAAGGCAAUUACGUGUUGAGGCUGGCAAAGGAAAUUCUGGCGUCGAUAAGGGAUUGAAGGAGAUUUUAAUUGAGCAUACAUCAAGGGGAAAGAUACAAAAGAAGGGAAUGAUAGA